AUCCAUCAACAUGACCAUUUUAAUAAACACUUAGUUCGGUACUUCAAUUAAACUAGAGCCAGCAUCAUUAUGUGCUAUUUGUAUUAUACUUGUAACCGUAUGUAGUAGUUGUUAGAAAUAUUUAUAACACGAAGUAUGGAGGCAUAUUUAAUUGUGAUGUGUAUUACGGAAUUGGUUGCUCAAGCCUAUUCAUGUUGUAUGCCAGAAAAAAUGGAGGGAAAGAUGAGGGUGUCAGUUAGUGAGAGACAUAUGUUUCCGUCAACGAGAAUAUAUGACAAGUUUGUCAUGGAUACUACUAUAGGAAAAGGCUACCUUUCCGGAACAGUCUACUUCAUGGGUUUUGAGUAUCACACAGAGAUUUUUCAGGAUUACGUUAAAGGACAAGAAUAUCAUCUUUCAGAUGGAUCUUGCUUUAUAAUCCCAAAGGUCUUUAAUUAUUUCGGACGAAAUUUGUGUAUGCCACCUUCCUCAAAAAUAAUGAGUUUAGCUGAUCAAGACAUUUACCGGAUUUCAUUACGUAGUGGUCAGAUGACCUAGUCAGUAACAAAAACAAAAUGCUUACCCUUAUCCGGAAGUUUCCAAAGAAGAAGACGUACCUAUAAUAUUAAUGUCAUGAACAUAACGAAAGGCAUUACAGACCCCUCUGUUUUCGAGAUCCCCAAGAUCUGUGAUCAGGCAUUCAUCAUUGGGCGUCCGCCUCCGUGUAGUACAAAAUAGAAACUUUGGCGAUUAAAAUUUAUUGUUGAGAGAGCAUAAGGCGACAGAAAUAUAACGGUUCGACUUUGCGCAUCAUGCUGACUUUUUCAGGUUUCUUUGACUUUUUCUCAGAUCAGACUAUACUGGGAAUUUUGUUUGUACUGGUUACGAUUUGGAUAGAAAAUCGACAAUUAGCUGAUUGCAUGUAUAGCUAUCGACACCAUUCACUGAAUUAUAAAGAGGUUGAUUGUCUCAUUCAAUAAUAAAAUUAAAUGUAUGUUUCAUUAUGA